UCUUCCCCCAGAAUUAAGUCUUCGGCACCGGCAGUGCCACACUUCUGUCCUGUCUGAAAGGUGAGGUGGCAGUGGCCUUGCUGACAUUUCAUUCAGACUCCACCCGCGCGAGAGGCUUCUUACAGGGCUUCACGCCGUCACCCAUCACCACCGUCAACUCCAGGACGUCUCCCUGACGCCACAGGGAGACCCCGUACCCGCUGAUCGGUGGCUCCCCACUGCCCUGGCACCUCCUGCUGUCUCUGCGGGGUUGCCGUUCUGCGCACCACACAGAGAUGGGCGCCUACUCCGCGGGGCCCUGGCCUCUUGUCCUGCGUCCUGUCAUCAAGCCUUGUCCUGCUCCUUGUCAGGCAGACAAGCUUCGUUGCAUGCAGAGGCCACGUGAGCUCAUCCGUUUACUGGUAGCGGUUUUAAAGCUUGGCAACCCUGCAGCCGACCCCACCUCAAUUUAAGGCGAUUUUUCUGCGCGGAGACCCCUCCCCAGGCCCAGCAGGGGAUGCCUCACCCGAGCACCCGCAGGGGCCCUUUGCUGUCUCCAUGUGGCCAUUGCUGGGACUGCACCAGCCCGCUGGGGCCCUGGGCUCUGGUGUGACCACUGCCCACCCCACUAGUGCCCCCACAAAGCCCCCUGUGCACCCAGCAGGGCUGGCACCGGUCUCCUCCAGGAAGCUGAGGCAGCCCGUGUGGACGCUGCGGGACAGGUAUGAGGCUCCCACCGACCCGCUGCUGUCUGGGCCUGUGAGGCCAGUGGCACCCAGGGACCACACGGGCCAGGUGCGGGCAUACAAACCCUGCCCCGGCUGCAGGUGCAGCCGUGUGCUGGGAAGAUCCCAGUCCGGCAGCUGUGCGACUUGGCCCUGCUCCCUCAUUUAUUCCCAAGUAUAAAGGAGACCCUUCCAUGGCCAGGCCCCGCGCUCCGGUCUGGGAAACAGCGCCAACAGGCCGCCAGCGGGCUAGUGCAGCUCCUGCUGUCAUGAACUUGACAGUGUGCUCGGGCAGGGUGGAUGGCAAAUAGUCAAGGAGAGAAUUCAGAUUAUGCUGAAGUCGCCAGGAAAGGGACGGGCAGUGAAGCCGGGGUUUGGGGAAGGCUGCUUGGAGGAGGCAGAGGGUGAGAAGUAACCCGGGGAGCAGGUGCUUCCAGUGAGGGGCCUCGAGGGAACGAGGGGGCCGUGGGGUGGGAGGGCGAAAGAGGCCUGGGGCGGGCUGGGCACGGGUGGGCUGGCGCUUCGAUGACUCAGGACAAUUUCAACAAGGGACGCGUCCGGUUUAGGCUUUACACGGUUUGCUCCGGGCAGCGCGCGGAGAGCGGACUCAGGACGGGGGGUGUGGGGCCAGGAGAUGACAGGCACGGAUGGGCCCCUAAACCAAGGCGGGGACACGCGGGGACAUGCAGGGACAGGUGCCUGCUCCUCUGCUUGGGAGGCAGCCCCGCAUGGCUGAGGCUCAGGGCUUGCGGAGGGCUCCCUGGGGGGUCUGCCGGCUCCGGGGGCCUGUCCCUUGGUCCUUGCUUGCUCUUAAGGGACAGCUGACAUAGUGUGUGUGUGAGUGUAUGUGUGUGUAGCGGUUUAUGCUUUUUAAAAAUUGAGGUUUUGUUUACAUGCAGUAGCAUUCACCCUCCUUGUGUGUUUCCGUAAGUUUAGACAGACGCAGAGUCCAUCACCCAGAGCAGGCGCUCAGCCACUCCCGCCCGCACCUGCCAACCGUGGGCAGCCUUCUGUCCCCUCGGGUCUGCCUGUUCUGGAACGUCGUAGAAAAGAGGCCAGGCUGCAGCCUUCCCGACUGGCUUCCCUCUCAGGAUACUGCAUCUGGUUUACCCAGCUUGUGACGGGGUCAGCAGUCUCAUCACCCGGAGGCUGGGGUUGCUCCCCUGUGCCCUGGGGGGCAUUUGGUCCUUUCUGGGGGGGGGGAGUUGACAGUAAGGCCACAUGACCAGCCACAGGCAGGUUUUUGUGAAAACGUGACUCCUUUCUCUGGGGUAAAUACAUGCCCAGGUGUUGACUACGGAGUCCGGUGCUAAAAUGGUUGUUUUCCUUCCUAAGAACCUGCCAGAGCAUCUCGGAGUGCUGCCCCGGCCUUCUCCCCAGUCCAGCCGUGACCGUCUUGAUCCGGCUGCUGUGUCCCCCGUCCCCACCACCAGCACCCGGAGCCGCUCCACUUGACGGCAGUUUCCAUUUGGGAAUCUUUUCAAAUCUUUCGCCUGCUUUUUUUUUGGUUUGUUUUAAUUGGGUUGUUUGUUUUUUUUUAUUGUUGAGUCUUGCGAAUUGUCUAUAGAUUCAGGAUUUAAGUCCUUCAUCAGAGGGGUGUUUUGCAAAUGUUUUCACAGGAAGGCUUCGCUGCGGGUUCUCUGGUGACUCUGGGACCUGGCUGAGAGCCACCGGCCUCCUGGACCCUGUGGGGGCGGCGAGCAGGAGCCUCAGCUCUGCCCCUCCCUCCACAGUGUGGGCCACACGGUGUUCCUCAAAUAGUGUCCCUGGAGUGCUCCGUGUGGAUGUGGCAGGUCACCUGGAGAAGCCUUGCCAGCUCGAGCCCCCCCAGCCCUUGGCGCCUCCCUGGCGACUCUCUGAGCCACAUGCUUAUGCAACCAGUGAUAAGGUGGCCGCGACACCGUAAUCCACCCUAAGUGACCGCCCAGCCCCACCUUCCACACGGGCUUGCAGGAGGCCCAGCUGGGGGUCUGGGGAGUGAGGGGCGCCCAGGCCUCUGAUAUCACCUCUGUCAUAGCUGCGCUGGCCAGGCUCUGCCCCAAGACAAGGUCCAAAGUCCUGGCCCAAUGGUGGCUCCAGUCCUAUGCAGGGAGGUGAGGACUCUGGGGACCCCAGAGCCCGGGUGGGAGCCCGCUGGCAGAGCAACCCACCCCUGGCUGCCUCUCAGCAGCACCCCUGAGGGCCCAGGCCCCACCUUGGCCAAGGUGGAGGCAGACAGGUGCGUGGGGUGAGUCAGGGGAGAGCCUGGCUCUCUGCACACUCCAGGAAGCGACUCCUGGAGCCGGUGGGGACACUCGAGCGAUUGUGCCACACAAUGGACAAAGAGGGGCUGGAGUUUCCGGGGUCAAGGUGCCUUCCGAUCCCCAACCUGCCGCUGCGGGCUGGGGUAUAAAGCUGGGCCGGUGGGGCGCCAGUGGCCUGGGUGCCAGGGACCAGAGGACAGGCGACAGGAUGGGGGCCACCCUGCUAAGCCGUGUCCUGGUGCUGCUCUGGGUGACAUCGGCUGGGGCUGAGGUCCUGGUGCAGCCUGAUUUUGAUGCCAAAAAGUUCGCAGGCCUCUGGUACGUGGUCGCCAUGGUCUCCGACUGCAAGGUCUUCCGGGGCAGCAAGGACCACCUGCUGAUGUUCACCAGCAACGUCACGGCCACGGCGGAGGGCAACCUCAGCGUCCACAUGGAGGUCCCCGGGCCUGACGGCUGUAACCAGAUGGACGCCGAGUAUCUGAGGACUGGCUCCCAGGGGCACUUCCGAGUCCCCACGCUGGGCUACCUGGACGUGCGCGUCGUGGACACGGACUACAGCUCCUUCGCCGUGGUCUACAUCUACAAGGAGCUGGAGGGGGCGCUCAGCACGCUGGUGCAGCUCUACAGCCGGACCCAGGAAGCGAGCCCCCAGGCCAUGAAGACCUUCCAAGACUUCUACCCGACCGUGGGGCUCCCCCACGACAUGAUGGUCGCAUUGCCCAAGUCAGAUGCCUGCUCUUCGGGGGGCCAGGGAGCACCCUGACAGCUGGGAGACCCACAUCGGCCCUUCCCAGUUCUGGAGGCCAGAGGACCAAAAUCAAGGUGUGGACAGGGCUGUGGCGGGAGAAUGUCCCGUCCAGAGUCUGGUGGUGGCGGCCUCACUCCCAUCUCUGUCGGCCUCUGCGGCCACAUGGCCGGACUUCCCUCUUCUUACCAGGACACUAGUCGGGGCGGUGGAGGGGGGUGAGGUCCGCCUAAGUCUGGGGCUGUCUCAUCUCAAGGUCCUGCACUAAUUACAUCUGCAAAGACCUCAUUUCCGAGUAAGGUCACAGUUGGAGUUCAAGUGGACUUGAGUUUUGGGGACAUGAUCCAGCCCAGUACAUCCUGUGUCCUCGCGGCCUCUGGCUCGCACCCCCGACCCCCGCCCCUGGUCCUCGCCCUCUCCCCAAGGGUCCUGCGAGGCGGGAACCACCACCCUCCACCGUCACAGGGGACGUGGAUACACACGGGCUCUCGGGGACACCGGGCAACCAUCAGACCCUCAGCCAAGUUCAUUGUGAGGAGUUAGGGGACCUACAUAAAACAGGAAUAACAGACGCAACGUGACAGUCCCCGGCUUCGGGCGGUGCCCCUGUGGCCUCUCCUGGCAGGAUGGGUUAGGUGUUGGCCGGGUGGGAACUUCCUGAGUGGCCUGCAGGCAGGGUCCCUCUGGCCUCCAGAGCUUAGUGCUCUCCAUGGCUGGCCUGGAUUUGCUCAGUGCUGGGACCCUGGAGCUAUGUGCAUGUUCCAGACACCUGACCUGGUGGGAGGAAGGGGUCAAGUUGUCCUCAGGAAGGUUCUAGAGCCAGAGCGCUGUCUUCCUGCCCUGUGCCCCACCCCCCAGGUUUCUCUUAGAAAGAAAAAUCAGCUUUCAGGGUAAAUUCUCCGAUGCCCCCCCCCACCAGGGGUUGAGUCUAUGGUUUCAUUGUGGUUUACUGGCUAUUCUGGGGCUUUCUUGCCACACCAGCCCCCUCACCGCCAGCCAGAAAGUGAGCAGGGCCCCGGGCCCUGGGUGGCAGAUGGGGGACAGCUCCGGUGUGUGUCCACAUGUGUGGAAGUUGUGGUGGCGGAAGCAACUUGUACAGCCUUUGGGGUGAAGAGUGAAGGGGGGGCCGCUGUGUGUGGGAAGCAGCUCCGAUGUCUGAGGAGUGACCGCGCCUUUCCUGUCU